AUGGACAAAGCCAACUCUUUUAUUCUUUCUGUUAUCUUGCAAUUACUCUACUUGUUAGUGGCAUGCAUAGCCACAAACAUAAGCACAGAUCAAUCAGCUCUUUUUGCCUUAAAAGACAAAGUUACUCUAAACUCUUCUCAUCCCUUAACCCAAAAUUGGUCUUCUCAAUCUUCAGUUUGUGACUGGAUUGGAGUCACUUGCGGCUCUCGCCAUCAUAGGGUGAGAGCACUCAAUAUAUCAAACAUGGAAAUUGUUGGAACCAUUCCACCACAGUUGGGAAACCUCUCGUUUCUCGUUUCUCUAGAUGUGAGCAAAAAUAAUUUUCUUGGAGACAUCCCUCAAGAUUUGUCUCGUUUACGUCGAUUGAAGGUGAUUGAUCUGGGAUACAAUAAUUUCAGAGGAGAGAUUCCAAUGUGGUUCGGUUUCUUUUCUGAGCUUCAAAUAUUAAUUCUUGAUAACAACGGUUUCACUGCUAUACCUCCUGCUUCUAUUUCUAACCUGUCCAAGUUAGAAACUAUCAGUGUUAGAAGCAAUCAUCUUCAAGGUAAUUUUCCCAAAGAUAUUGGCAAUCUUCAGAGUUUAAAGGAGCUGGUUUUAAUCAGUAACCAACUUACUGGCGCUAUUCCAUACUCCAUUUUCAACAUCUCCUCGUUGGAGACUUUAGCUCUCACAUAUAAUCAAUUAUCAGGGAGUCUUCCUGCAGAUAUAUGCCGCGGUCUGCAUAAAAUCAAGAGCAUUACAAUAAUUUCCAACCAGUUGAGUGGUCACAUUCCAGCUAGUUUGUCUAACUGCACAGAACUGUAUGAGUUGUCAUUGUCAUACAAUAACUUCAAUGGGAUCAUUCCACCAGACAUUGUAAACUUGGAGAGGCUUGUGAUCUUAGCCCUUGGGGGAAACAACUUGCAAG